AUGAGUUCAAUUGGUACAGGAUACGAUUUGGGACUUUUCUUUUCCCCAGAUGGACGUCUGUUUCAGGCGGAAUACGCGUACAAGGCAGUAGAGAAUGGAAGUACUUGUAUUGGAAUUAAAUGCAAAGAUGGUGUCAUUCUUGCUUUAGAGAAAAUCAUUAUCAGCAAGCUAUUAAAACCUCAUGCCAACACCCGUAUAGGAUCGGUCGGUCGUCAUGUUGGUAUUGCGACCACUGGAUUCAUACCUGAUGGAAUGCAUAUUUUAAAACGUGCUAGAGACGAGGCCAACUCUUGGCGUGAUAACUACGGUUCUGCCAUUCCCGGAUCGGUCAUGGCUGAUCGACUUGGCAAUUACGUUCAACUUUUCACUUGCUAUUCGAGUGUUCGUCCUUUUGGUGUCAUGUCUUUUGUUGCUGCAUAUGAUGACCUUGGUCCCCAUUUGUAUAUGAUUGAGCCUAACGGUGUUUAUUGGGGAUACAACGGCAUUUCAGCCGGUAAAGGUCGCCAAAUUGCUCGUAAUGAACUUGAAAAGCUAGAUUUCUCGACUUUGAAAAUGAAAGAUGCUGUUAAAGAGGCAGCAAGGAUUAUAUAUGCAACCCACGACGAGGAACAUAAUAAAGACCAUGAAAUAGAAAUGACCUGGGUUGGUGAAGAAACCAACGGCAUUCAUACGACUGUCCCCGAAGAUCUAUUACAAGAGGCGGAAGCAUAUGCUCGCCGUACAGUUGAAGGUGGUGAGGACGAGGAUGUUCCCAUGAACGAGUAA